UUCCUGGUGUUCGAGAGCCAGGAGGCAGAUGGUGGGUAAUUCCUCUCUGGUAUCUGGGCUACAUUAGACCCAUUGUUCUAUCCACAGAUACCAAGACAGAAGAUGUUUCAAACUGGGGGCCUCAUUGUCCUCUGUGGGCUGCUGGCCCAUACCACAGCCCAGAUGGAAGUCCUACCCGUGCCCCUGGACCAGAACCUGCUUUUGGCUGGGACUCCACCCCAGGCCCCACAUCCCACAGAUCUUGCUGGAAGCUUAACAAGUGGUCUCAGCAGUGGCCUGCUCUCUGGGGGUCUGUUGGGCACUCUACAAAACCUUCCACUCUUGGACAUCCUGAAGACUGGAGGAGACACUUCUGGGGGCCUGCUUGGGGGCCUGCUUGGGAAAGUGACUUCAUUGGUCCCUGUCCUGAACAACAUCAUUGAUCUGAAGAUCACUAAUCCCCAGCUCCUGGAACUAGGCCUUGUGCAGAGCCCUGAUGGCCAUCGUCUCUAUGUCACCAUCCCUUUGGGCAUGAUCCUCAAUGUGAAUACGCCCCUGGUCGGAAGUCUGUUAAAGCUGGCUGUGAAGCUAAACAUCACUGCAGAAAUUUUAGCUGUGAAAAAUGAACAGGGGAAGAUCCACCUGGUUCUUGGUGACUGCACUCACUCCCCUGGGAGACUGCAAAUCUCUCUGCUUGAUGGAUUUGCUCCCCUCCCCGUUCAAAGCCUUGUCGACAGUCUCAGCGGCAUCUUGAAUGAAGUCCUUCCUGAGCUGGUACAGGGCAAGGUAAGAGAAUAAAAGUGGCAGCUCCUGAUCCUUAGGUCAUAGAGCUUCUCAGGAUGAAAGAAUCCCUUGGAGCGAGGUUUUCUGAACCCCUCAGUUUGAUAUGUCUCCCUGUCCGCUGAACCAUGUGUCUGUGUUUCUUCUUUCCACCCUUCAAAAUGCAUUGAUUGGUUCCUGCUGUGGGCCAGGCCCUGGGCACGUCCACACUACAGCUGAAAUGGAUUGGCCCCUGCCCCAGGAAGCUCCCAGGCCACCCUCACCAGGGCUGUAGGCAAGCACUCUUCCAGCCUAUGCUAGGGUGCCUCCUAUAACUAGAAACUCACCUCUCCCAGAGAAGCUCUAGUUAGAAGCAGGUGUCCUAUCACACGGUGAACACUGGCUCAUGUGAUUGGGCGCUUCACGUACACACCUCCCUUUUCUCCCUCUGCCCGUGUGAAUGUGUAAGCAUUCAUCUGUGAGACUGCUUAGAACCAAACACUCUCAGACACGGAAAAAUGAUAGAAAAUCUCCCCCAGAGAAUCCAUCCUUGGGAUACUGCUGCACCCAGGGCCUCCCUACAGGUGCCACUUUGCCUAAUGCCUCUCUCUGCCCCUGGGUCAGGUGUGCCCUCUGGUCAAUGAGGUUCUCAGCCACUUGGACGUCACCCUGGUACAUUCCAUUGCUGGUAAGUACCCACUUCCAAGGCCUAUCUCCCUUUCCAGAACAGCGAUUUUCCCCCAAGGAGCCCAUCCCUGCACACCAUAGGAGAGAGCCAGAUCCUUCCAGCCUCAGCUCUCCCCAUUGCGGGUUUUUGUUUUUUGUUU